UGGUGUCGAAAGUUUAACUUUGCCAGGGUUAAGAACGCAUGACUAACCAUGAAGGAAUAUCAGUUGCUCAACUUGGAGACAAACGAACUCACUUUAUUAAUCACUGUAGUCCAAGGCGUUUUCCGUAUAAUUCAUAUAUGGGUACUUUGGUCAUUUUUCAUAGCCUAAUACAUUGGUGUCAGAUAAGACAAUAACGCGCGAGAUUCAAGGGGGAAUCUGCGUUUUGUAAGAAUAUGAUUUGGGCACUGUGGUUGUGUAUGGUUCUGUAGUAGGUACCAUUUUAGAAAAAUAGGUAGGAACCGGAAAGUGUACUACAGCUUAAAGCAUGGGAAAAAACGGGUCGGUUAGGCCUUGAAGCCCCACCGACGAGUUGUUCAGGAAGCGUCAUGCCGUGCCACUACUCUCUUCCAUUUGCUGAAAUAGGAUUAGAUCAGCAAAGGGGUAGAAGAGGCCAGACCGAAGCAAGGUGCCAGUCAAUAAAGUCAUAGAUUGUAGGUAUGAGCCACAUAAAAGAAAUAGUGAUCGUCUGUUUGGGGUCGCGAACUUGUCCAGAAUCACUGAUUGAAGAUUCUUGGGGAUCUGGCUCCACAUGGUUCACGAUAGUGUAUAUGUAAUUGCUAUUGUCAUCACCCAGAUUCUGAUUUGGGCUGUGAUUCAUCGGUCUAAGCUCUUGACUUCCAGCCAGAGGGUAACGGGUUUGAAUCCCUCUCUGUCUACCUCGCAUUGGGCAACCAGGUGGUAUCAGUAACCCUCAUAGUGUGACUCAUUACCAACUGCAAGGAAUCGCAAUUAAUUACUGGGUAACAUUUCGUUUUCUUUCCCCAGAUUCCGAAAAUCUUUCCUUUCACAUACACCUUUGUUCACUCUGAUCUCGUUGCGUUUCUUUUCCUUAACUCUGUGUGUUUUCCCGAUGCUUGUCAACUUGAAAUGAUGCGAUUUUAUGUGAAUGUCAACAUCUAUUAGUCAGCUGGUCAAUUCCUACACAGAUAGUCUCUGGUCCUUAAAGUCACUAGGACUAUAAUCAGACGUUGAUUGACUUAUCCCAAAAUCUAAUGCUGUAAGAUACAUUUUUCAUAUAAAUCAACGCAUUGUCUGAAAGUGAAAAUAAAAAGGGUUUAGCACAUCACACCUCUCACAAUGUAAGUUAACUAAUUCCCGAAGUAUUUCUGCAUGAAUAUGGAAGACUUAAUCGCCUUUGUGAAAUUUUUUAUCUCACACUGCAUCCGUGAGAAAUGUUAGUGUGUUCUUAAGGUGUAAUGCAAAGCUCAACAUCUGCAGCAUUUUAGUAUAAGGUAAAAUGUUAUUAUGAGGAAAGUAAUUCGGAACAUCUGGUAUAUUUUUAGAGAUAUGAAGGGACAUGGCUGAUAAGCGAUUAAAAUGAUGUGGAGGCAAUUCACCACCUAUCAUUUUGCACUUAUCCCCGGCCGACACACACCCGAUAUUAAUGGUCGGCCUGCAAAAUUUGCGCUACUGAUAUCCCAUGCUGAAAAUCCCAUACUUGUAUCAAAAAUACUGUAUGGAGUCAAGCUAUAAUAAAGUUUUAAAAAAAUUAAAAAUUGUCUCAUACUGUAUUCCUUCAUCUUAUGACAUGAUUCUCAAUUCUUCAUGUCUUUUUUCAAAGACCUGAAUUAUGUUAGGAUAUUUGACGCUCCUAAAACCUCAGAAUGCUUGAAGACAAUUAUAUAAUCAAAUUAGCAUGCAUUGUACCCAUGUAUUUGACUCCUUUUUCAUUAUUAAAUACCUAAUGUGAUGACGUGAGACAGCAACAUAAACCAUUGAAGAAUAACGUUGUGCUCUUUUGCAAUAAUGUAUGUUAGCUAUCCGGUGUUUUCUCUCAACGUGUACCAAUCAGUGUCACCAACAGUAAGUCCUAGUUGUCACGAAAGCUUCAGACGGAAAAUCCACAUUCCUCUAGACACUUAAUGACUUCAUUGGUUAAUGGCACAUAUCAGUCUAGUGUCCCGUUGCUUUCUUCUAGUAUAUUCCUAUUUUUGUUAAGAUAGGACUUCAAAUAUACUCAUAAAUAUAGUAUAACGCAGUGGCCAAAUGAUGUACUGUUCAUCAACAAUGAAUACUUGACCUUCCGAUUUUGGGUUGUGCAUCCAGGCAAAUAUACAUUACAAUAAUAUAAUGAGAUUCGUUGUGAAGUAUAUAACUAUGCAUCAGGCUUAUGAGUUCCUUUUUAUUGCAUUUCUCCCUGAGAAGAUUAGUUAUCAACAUAGAAACACUAAAAAGUUGGUGAAACUCAACUAUUCCACUAAAUUUUUAACCAGUGUUCACAGCCCACCUAAUCGAUUAACCGUCCAACGGCUUUUAAAGAAGAACCGUGUUAAGUGACAAACCGUUACUUGGCGCAUUCAACUCAGGGGGUUCUGUUUCAGGUAGUAGACUCAAAACUCUUUUAAGGUCAUAUGAUCAGUUUGCGCGUAAAUUCCAGUAUUUUUUCUUUCCGGAUUCCUGACACUUACGUAAUCUGUGCAGUUGUUUGUCUUUUACCUCUGGUGAUAGUUAACUUUUCACUCUGAAGGCCAUUUUUGUCUAGAUCUCAAGGCACUUCCAACUAAGUUCUUCUGGUUAUUUUUUCCAAAGAAACCAUUUUGUUCCAAACUGAUUUUUCGGAACAUGCUAGGCAAAUCUAAAUCAAUGAAGUUCUGGGAAACUGUCUAAAGUUCUGUUGUGUGUCAAAGAGUUCAUCGUACUGAUCUAUACAGUAUAUAUUAGCAAAUAAAAUUGGCAAUAACAGGGCAUUAGUCUGUGCUAUUUUAGUGAGUAAAUGUUGCAUUCUUAAAAAUGCUUAACUGAAAAACUUGAGUUUUAGUGUAGAAUGAGGUUCUAGGCUGGAAUUAGCUAAAAAAACAAUCUCCGGAUCUAAUCGCCAGGUACUUAUUGAAUACAGUAUGAGUUUGAUGUAACAGAAAAGUCUCGAUGUUCCCAAAGUUUUAGAGGUAAAUUCCGCUAACUACUUUCGAUCUGGUGUACCAAAUAGCAAGUGAAACUGAAAACAACUUUCAAGUGAGCAUGUUUUUCUGAAAGAAAAUUUGAUGUUUAAACUGCUCACUUUGAAAACACUUAGUAGAUUACCUUUCUUAUCUGACAGUAUGCACCUCAUUAAGUCCUUACAAAUGUGAAAAUUCUUAAAAGACUCAAUUCAAAAUAUUUUGAACGGUUAUCAUUGCGAUUUGCAUAUUAAAAGUCAUGUCAGAGGAAAAUGUUAGUUACUGACUUUGGUGAAUGGGAGUUCACCCAGUUUUAUUUAAGAGAUACAUUUUUAGCAUGUGUCUCAUGCAUAUCGACAUUUAGCUUUCAAGCAACUGCUACUGACAUUAUGUAGAAAAGUUGCAUCAUCAGCCCUAACUUAGUGGUAUAACUCAUUACCAAAUUCACAAACAUGCUUAGAGUUGACAAGUUACAUUUUAAAAGUACGGUAGUCGUGUUAUUUGUGCAAUAAUAAAAUGCUUAAUGUGUAAAUCCAAUAAUUUCGGAAUGUGUAAUUAUUCUCACAGGUUACAAUGGAAAAAGUCAAAGCUCUGUUAACUAAAGCUUUAGGAGAAAAAGCUACAGAUGACUUUAUAAAAGCUUGUAUGGAAGUUGAUGACACCCAAAUUAUCAAAAAGCGUGUAGCUACCCUAUUAGAUACUCGAAAACCGGAGAAUCGCCAAGUCUAUGAAAUUUUAAUACGAGAAAAAAUACGAAGAAGCGGAUUCACCGGUGAAGGAUAUCGUAAAACUAAUUCAAAUCCUAACGCUCCAAGUGACUGUUUGGAUGAUAUUUCGAUUUCAAAAAAGAAUGAUACAGAACAACCAUCAUCUGUACGAUCACAGAAUGUGUCGAAGAAAAAACAGAAAACUAAAUUUUAUCCAUUAUUUUGUGAAGGAGCUCAUAGUGACCAACUUGUUUCCUUGUUGCCUGGUAGACAUCCUUGCCAGUGUUUAGCGACUAAGCAUCAGUUAGUAAAUAACUGUGUCAAUUGUGGUCGUAUUGUCUGUGCACAAGAGGGUUCAGGUCCAUGCUAUUAUUGUGGAAAUCUUGUAUGUACACGAGAAGAACAAGAUCAGAUAGCAAUGAAUACUAAACAAAGUGAAAAGUUGAGAAAUAAACUUAUGCAAGUAGGAUGGGCUGCUGGUACUGAAACUCCAUAUUAUCGAAUUGUCCGCCAAGCUCAGAAACUGCAGAAAAAGGAAGUAAAUACUGAAUAUGCAUCGACAGAAGUUACUUCAAAUACUGAACAUGAAGACUCUACUGAUGAGGAAGAUACAAUUACUAAGCCAGUCUCUGGAGCUCAAAUGCGUUUAGAGCAAGGCUUGAUAAAUGCUUUAUGCAAUCGAGAUAAACUGUUGGAGUUUGAUUCUACUUGUGCUAAACGAACCAGAGUGAUUGAUGAUGAGUUAGAUUAUUUUGCAACGGAGGGUGGUGCUGGAUCAGCUGCGUGGUUAAGUCCUGAAGUUCGUGAGAGAAUCGCUCAGCGUGUAGCUGAGUUAAGAGCACAAAGACACGCACAUCGUCUACAAAUUUCACGGAUGUGUAUUGAUUUAAAAAACUGUAGUGUUACACAAGAGGAUACAAGAGAUGAAGCUGCAAAGAACUUGUACAAUCCAAAUGAAGAAACAAUAGAUGAACUUUGCAAAUCUUCAAAGGUAUCGAAUAACAAAAAAUCUACAGGGGAUACUCCAGAAACAGCGAAGACUGACGUUGACAGAAUAACCUUACCUACUUUUAUCCCUCAACAAAUUAACAAAGAGAAUAAUAAAGCAAAUAAUAAUCAAAAUCCUGUCGUAAUGGCAUUAAAUCAACCAACUUCUCUUUUACGCAUACAAGAUGAUGAAUCAAGACAACUAGUUGAUGAAGGCUAUUGCUUGAGCCUUCAUCAACCCUGGGCUUCAUUAUUAGUACGUGGGAUUAAGUUAGAAGAAGGUAGAACAUGGUAUAGUCCUCAUCGUGGUUGUUUGUGGAUAGCGUCAACUGCACGUAACCCUUCUCCAGAAGAAAUUUCGGAAAUUGAAGAUGAAUAUUUAAAAACAGGUGUUGUUGCCAAGUCAGACAUGCCGACGUCAUAUCCAACCAGUUGUCUUCUUGGCCGAGUUAAUAUUGUCGAUGUGAUAACGCAAGAAGAGUAUCGUGAAAAGUAUCCGAAUGGGCCAUCUCAGAGUCCCUAUGUUUUCAUCUGCAAUGAUCCGCACGAAACUCUCAUUAAAUUCCCAAUUCGUGGGAGGCACAAAAUAUAUAAGCUUGAAAAACACAUACACAUUGCAGCUAAGAAGAACCUUGCCUAAUUUUUUUCUAUAAUAAACAAUAUAAGUCUUUCAUUACUAUGCACGUCUGUUUUCUCUGUCAUUUUCUCAAAUCAUAGCAGGUUACUGAGCUCUUCAUCGUCAGCACAUCGCUUAUUUAAAACUAAGACUCCUAUUAAAUAUAACCA